AUGACAACUACAAAUACCAUCACCAAAAAGAUACCUAAUGAUUAUUUUGUGGAAAAAACAGACUAUUCUCUUUGGAGGCUUAAAGUUGAUCAUGGACGUCAAACCUGGCAUCAUUUAGAAAAUAAGGAAGAGAUUGAAAAUUGGCCACAAACCAUUUGUGAUAAAUACUGGAUGACUUCAGAAGGCAUGUUGAUGUGUGGUACAAAUGGAGUUCAAGUAUGGGACACUGCAUUUACUGCUCAGGCAAUCAUUGAUAUAGGUUUAGCUGAUGAAGCUUUAAAUCAUAAAUCAAUGAUAAAAGCACUUGAAUUUUUAGAUGAUGCACAAAUUAAACGUGACCCAAUUGAUAUGAAAGAAUGUUAUAGAUUCCAAGCAAAGGGGGCAUGGGGAUUUAGUACUCGUGAUCAAGGAUACACAGUUUCUGAUUGUGCAUCUGAAGCUUUAAAAUCAGUCAUUUAUCUUCAAAAACUUGGACCUGAUGCAAUGGCUGCUUUAGGGAAAUAUUGUCAUAAUUUAGAAGAGUUGUCAUUGAAAAAGGAGAUAGCAUGUUCUGGUGAGAUUUUAUUGUCAAUUGUCAAAAAUUGUCCAAAAUUAUUUAAAUUAGAGAUAGAAGGAAAAGAUUAUAAUAAUCAGACAUUAUACAAAAUAUUGGAACAUUGUCCAAAUAUUUUGACACUGAAUAUAAAUCAAUGCAUGAAUAUAACAGAUGAGUUGUUAAUAGCAACUUACAAAUUAUGUACAAAUUUAAAGAAGUUAUCAUUUAAAAAGAUUUUUGAAAUUACUGAAAAUUUUGUGAUUUCAACUCUGAAUCACUUUCCUAGAACCUCAACAAUAGUAAUUUCCAAUAUUGAUAGAAUGUUCCAAAGCAGCAUUGAAGUUGAUGGGGAAAAAAUAUUUUUAGUUGCAAAUUUGUGUGAUGUUGAUAUUCAUAGAAUCAUUGAUUUUUAUAGCAUUAAAGAAGAUGGAUUACAAGAAUUGACUUUUAUUGAUGUUAAAUUGGAUAAAUCACUAUUGAAUUUUAUUUGCGUAGAAUUGAAUGGUUUAUCUGUAUUGGAAUUGUAUGGUAUUUCUGGAUUAUCUAAAAUGGAUAUAAUGAAUGCCUUGGAAAAUUUAAAAGAUUUGCAAAUAUUUACAGUGAAAUUUUCAUCAGUUGAUCAUGAAGCAUUUUUUGAAAAUGAUAAGGAACAACUUGUUAAAUAUUGUCCAAAAUUAAAGGCUAUAAAAUGGCAUUUUCAAAAAAUAUACAUCAAAGAUAAUAAUCAUGUAUUAAAAUAA